AGGGCCACCCCGAGCCCCGGCGGCGGCGCCCGGCCCGGUACCUUUCAUCGCCUGCAGCAGGAGGUCGAUGCCCUCCUGGUAACACACCAGCGACUCCUGGAACCGGGACGCCACGUCCAGCUGCACCGCCCGCUUCAGCGUUUCCGCCCCGGCCCGCUCCAGCGCGGCAGUGCCAUCGUUCCCUGCCCGCGACAUGGACAGGGACGGGGACACGAACCGCAGGGCUCCCGACGGGAACGGGACGGGGAGCGGGGACUGGGCGAGGGAACGGAGGGGAGGUGCCGCACCGUUGUCCUUCCGCCCGCUCGGAACUGAAGUGCCGCGGCACCGGUGACCGCCCGGGACGAAGGGUGCGCACGGAGAUGGCGGCCGCGGCGGGCCGGGCGGGCCUGGGGCUUGCGGGCCUCGGGAAGGUGCUGGGGAAGAGGAUGGAGGGGAUGGCGUCCCCGGUGUGGGUUCGUUGUCUCUUUACCAGGUCCAAUAUUCCAGACUCGGUAUUUCAGCCACGGCCUGGAGAUCAUGAGAAGUAUGGAGGUAACCCUGAGGAGCCCCACAAAAUCCAUGUUAUUACUAGAAUAAAAAGUGUCAUUGGUCGCCCAUACUGGGAAAAGAAGAUAAUCCGUGAUCUGGGACUGGAUAAAGCACAUCAGCCAAGACUGCACAAAAAUAUCCCUUCUGUGAAUUCCAGACUGAAAGUUGUUAAACAUCUGAUAAGAAUACAGCCACUGAAGCUCCCCCAUGGGCUGCCAACAGAAGAGGAAUUGUCCAGCACCUUUCUGACAACCAGGGGAGAGCUUAUCAUUAAAAAGCGCCUGAAACCUGUGGAGCAGAAAGAAAUGAAGGCAUAAGGUGUGCUGGUUGGAUUUAGGUUUUAUAAAAUAAAUACUUUAAAUCCCCAGUUAAGAGUUUGUGUAUGAAAAGUAAAUAUUCUUACUCUGGUAUGAAUGGCAAAGGUGGUACUGAUGCUUAAAGAAGGAUUGCAGGUGUACAGAUACAAAAUUCAAUGUUGUUAAUAGUUACCUGAAAUAUUAAAUGAAUUAUAGGCUCUC